GGCGCUCCCGUCCCUCACCCCCUGCCCCACCCCCGCCGAUGGGCCGGCCCGGCUCUCCCUGCCGAGGAAUGGGCCGGCCCGGUGGCGGGCGGGCAGCGGCGGCCCAAGAUGGCGGAGCUGCAGCUGGACCCGGCGAUGGCGGGGCUGGGAGGGGGUGGCGGGAGUGCGGUGGGCGACGGGGGCAGCUCGGGCCGCGGACCCCCCAGCCCUCGGCCGGCCGGCCCCACGCCCCGCGGACACGGCCGCCAGCCGGCCGCCGUCGCGCAGCCAUUGGAACCGGGGCCCGGACCUCCGGAGCGGGCGGGGGGCGGCGGGGCGGCCCGCUGGGUCCGGCUCAACGUGGGCGGCACCUACUUCGUGACCACCAGACAGACCCUAGGCCGGGAGCCCAAGUCCUUCCUCUGCCGCCUGUGCUGCCAGGAGGACCCGGAGCUGGACUCGGACAAGGACGAGACUGGAGCGUAUCUGAUUGACCGAGACCCCACCUACUUUGGUCCUAUCCUAAACUACCUCCGACAUGGGAAGCUCAUCAUUACCAAGGAGUUGGCAGAAGAAGGUGUGCUGGAGGAAGCAGAGUUUUACAAUAUCGCAUCUCUCGUGCGGCUGGUUAAGGAAAGGAUACGAGACAAUGAGAACAGAACUUCACAAGGCCCCGUGAAGCACGUGUACAGGGUCCUUCAGUGUCAAGAGGAAGAGCUUACUCAGAUGGUCUCCACCAUGUCUGACGGCUGGAAAUUCGAACAGCUGAUCAGCAUUGGCUCCUCCUAUAACUAUGGAAAUGAAGACCAGGCAGAAUUCCUCUGUGUUGUCUCCAGAGAACUAAAUAAUUCUACCAACGGCAUUGUCAUAGAGCCAAGCGAAAAGGCCAAGAUUCUUCAGGAGAGAGGCUCUCGGAUGUAAACGGAGAAUCUGAAGUUCCAGAACCCUGAAGGCAAGAGAGCGAUCGACCGAGCAGCUGAGAAGAGAAUCCUGCACCUGUACAGUAACUGAGCUACAGCAGAGCAAAGCUGCGCCUGGUCCCCGAGAAGUGGUGUCGCUGGGACCAGAGGAGCCCCACCCGCCUCGGACGGAGACGACAGUCCGCCUCUGGCUGCACGGCCCCUUUUCAGAAACCUGCUUUUGUUUUCUAGCCAGUGUUAGGACAGACCUUCACAACAGCAUCUAGGAUGGGUCCCUGGCUGGAGCCUUGUGGGGAGCUGUGGGGAAAGGAGGAGGGUCUAGCUCCCUGAAAGCAGUCCCAGGAAGCUAGAACAGAGGAAGGAGGCUUGUCUGAGCUGUGCCAUGAUCUCAGCCUGCGU